AAGCGAAACAAAAUGUUUCAAUGCUACACUCACGGUGGAUUUAGGGGGAGAUAUUAUGAGGCUGGUGUCAUUAUAGGCGAUAGCUAUUGAAUCAUACAAUCUUUACUCGUCGUUCUUUUUCUUGAUAAUUUUCUUUCUCUCUCAGGUCAUUCCAUGGUUUUCAGAUCCCCUUUAGAGCUUUAUCCCUCCCAUUUCUUCCUGCCAAACUUCGCUGAGCGCCCUGUGCUCUUGGCGAGCAGCACUCCCAGCACCAGGUCUCCAGAAGACUUGUCAAUGUUUGCGCUACCGACCCUCAACUUCUCUCCGGAGCAAGUGGCGAGCGUCUGCGAGACGCUGGAGGAAACCGGAGACAUUGAACGGCUGGGACGAUUCCUGUGGUCCCUGCCGGUGGCACCCGGAGCAUGCGAACAGAUCAACAAGCAUGAGUCGAUCCUGCGAGCUCGCGCAGUGGUUGCUUUCCACACGGGGAAUUUCCGAGACCUGUACCACAUCUUGGAGAACCACAAGUUUACCAAGGAUUCCCACGGCAAACUGCAGGCCAUGUGGCUGGAGGCACACUACCAGGAGGCCGAAAAGCUGCGCGGUCGCCCCUUAGGACCGGUUGACAAGUACAGGGUACGGAAGAAGUUCCCCCUGCCCAGGACCAUCUGGGACGGCGAGCAGAAGACGCACUGUUUCAAAGAGAGGACGCGUGGUCUGUUAAGGGAGUGGUAUCUUCAGGACCCAUAUCCAAACCCCAGCAAGAAAAGGGAACUGGCUCAAGCCACUGGACUCACUCCUACACAGGUCGGAAAUUGGUUUAAAAACCGGAGGCAACGAGACAGAGCCGCCGCAGCAAAAAACAGGCUUCAGCACCAGGGAAUAGGACAGAACGGUAUGCGGUCCCUUUCAGAAUCCGGGUGCACUCCACGCAGCUCGGCGGAAUCGCCGUCGACCGCGGCCAGUCCUACUACCAGCAUCUCCAGUAUGACAGAGCGAGUUGAUACUGGAACGUCCAUUCUUUCAGUAACCUCCAGUGACUCCGAGUGUGACGUAUGAUAUAAAAAAAGAGAAAUAUUUACAGGAAAUAUGGACCUGAAAAAAAAAACUAUGAAAUAUCGGGAUGAAAAAAGGACCAAUUGAUUUAAAUAUUUAAAAAAAUAUAAAAGCACGUCUUUUUUAAGCGCUUUCAAUGGACCCACCAAGCCUUCCCCUACCCCCCACCACUACCUGCAUGAUGUUUUUUGGUAUCUGGGGAACAUACCCUGUUCAAUAUUUCUACAAGGAUAAUCGAGAAGAGGGAAUUACCAGAGGGUGUUUAUCGCCUUUUCAUCUCUGUUUUAGUCCAAGUGAUGAUGCCGCUCAGCCAAGAUGCAAUCCUGUUUUACUUUAUGUUCAUCAGACAAUCAUUUACGUCGUAAGCACCUUUUUACUAUACACUUCUGUCACUGCCUGUGUGGGGUAGGCCUACAUGGUCAAAUGUGGAACCCAAUCGUUAUGACUGUAUCAGAUUUUUAUUUUUAUUUUAAGAUUUUAUAUUGAAUUAUGUAUAUCUCAAAUAAUGCCAUCAUUCUCCCGCGGUCUGUAAUAUCCUAUAUGUGUAGAUAUGCUUGUACAUAAUAUUGCUCUCCCAUCUCCAUCCUCUUUUCUAUCCCUGUUCUUGACUUGGUGUUCCUAUACAUAAAAUAUUUGUCAAAACGUAAAAAAAGUGCUCUAGGCGUUUCUUUUGUUUGUUUGUUUUGAUAGACUACCUAACAUGGGAUAAUGACGCUAUAUAAACGUGUUAUCGGUCACAUUUAUGCAAAGGUAUAUAAUAUAAACAUUGGAAUACUCUUCAACAAUUCAAGUCCUAUACUUCCCCGUGCAUCACCUAAAGCGCUUAUUAUUCAAUGUUCAUUUCUUGCGUGUUUAUGUUAAUGUACAUUUCUAAAUCAAAUACAGUAUUCCAUUUUCUUAUAUAUUCUGCAUUAAGUCUCUCUUUUAAGUGAGUGUUCAUUAUCCACCAUCAAGCGUUUAUGAGCAUCUAGGCCUAUGUUGAGAAGUGGUUAUGUUAUGCUCAUGCAAGCAUAAUGAUUCUGAUACACAUGCUGUGGUCCUUUUACGAAACUACACAUAGGUUGUAGUCUACGAUGUUAAAAAAAGUAUUUUGCCCCUAAAUAUAUGCAUGUGUUAUUGUAAAUGUCAACGUCAUAGUCUCUUAAACGAGAGUCCAGUUUCCUCUUUUGUUUAUGGUUGCCAGUGAAUACAGAAAUUAAGUAAACGCGCCAUUAAAUGGACUAAUCAUGGUGGACUCCU